AUGGCGGUAUACUACACCUUCGUAGCCAUUGCGCUCAUCAUAAUCACCAUCAUUCGAAGGCAAACAGCUUCUUCACACUCAGAUGCGCCUUUCCCAACGGGUCCAAAGCCCGUGUUCUAUUUAGGAAACCUCCACCAGAUACCUCUCACCAAGGCAUUCCUUGCUUUUACAUCCUGGUCUCGUUCCACCUCAACUUCUACCCCGGAUGGAAUCGUGGGCCUGCGCUUCGGCCCCCAAUCACGCGUCGUAGUUCUUAACAAAUGGACGCAGGGAGCAAUCUACUCCGACAGACCACGCAUCCGCACCGGAGAAUACGUGAUACCGCCGCCGAGCACAGACAUACAUCUCGCUUUCGCGAGCUACGGGCCGAAAUGGAGGCGGGCGCGGCGGACGAUCGUGGAGUUUCUGGGCGAGAAGGAGACGCCGGGAGUUCUGAGCAUUCAAGACGCAGAAGGCACUCAGAUGAUGUGGGAACUCCUAGGUCUCGGGAGCAGCAGUGGCGACGAGACUGCUUCGCUGACCGCGUGGCGCCCACACGUGCUCCGUUAUUUUGGCGCCGUGAUCCUGGCCAGUGUCUUUGGUAUUAGAGGCAAACAAUCGGACGAGCAGAGCAAGGUUGGGAAGUUCUUCUCUGUCCAGGACGAAUGGGCGGCGAUCAACGACCCGGGCCAGACUCCCCCCAUCGACGUGUUCCCGUGGCUUCACUACGUGCCUGAUUUUCUCACGCCGUGGAAGGGCUGGAGGGAGCGAGCAGCCAGUAUCAAGACAAGGCAGAGCGGCGUCUAUCGGGACCUGCUUGCAGAGACGCAGGCCAGGGUCGAGUCCGGCAGAUCCGACUGCUUUAUGGGUAAGGUAAUCCUUGACCAAAAGGAUGCUGUCGAGUCUGGCCGGCACAAAGACAUAUAUACCCAGCUGGAGCUGGACUACAUUGGCGGGUUUCUUAUGGAGGCUGGCGCCGACACAACAACCUUACGAUGGCGACCACCUUUUCCAACCCUAGUGCCACACGCAAACACAGCCGACGACGUCUACCAAAAUACUACGAUUCCAAAGGGCACGACUGUGAUUGCAAACGCAUGGGCCAUCUCUCAUGACCCGGAAGAAUUCGACGAUCCUGACUCGUUCAUGCCGUCUCGCUAUCUCGCCAACCGCUUCGGCAACAAGUCAAAAGAGAACGACGCCGAAAGCCAACCCGUGGGCCAAGAGAUAGACACCGCUGCCCUCAAUGCUUCUGCCCAGGUCUCCAGUUCCGGGCGGAGGCAGGUCUAUGCGUUCGGGGCGGGCCGAAGAGUCUGCGCUGGCCAGCGGAUGGCAGAGAAUAGCAGCAUGAUGACCAUGGCCAAGCUUAUGUGGUCUUUUGAUGUGGUAUACGGAGGCUAUGGGAAACCUGAUGUAGACAUCCGAACCGCUUUCAAGGAUGGGAUUAUCACUGGGCCCAAAAUGUUCCCGGUAAGGUUUGUCCCGAGGAACGAGGCCAAAAAAGACAUCAUUAGAAGGGAAUGGGACAAGGCGGAUCGGUUUCUCAGCAAGUUUGAGUGA